AGCAAAAGGAAUUAAUGAUCUAAUGAAUAUCUUUUUGUCGCCUUCUCCGACUCCAGAGUCAUCUGAAGAUACGCUUGCACGUCAAUCCGAUGUUACUGUGGCCACCAACAUAACUCUGUACGCUGAAUAUAAGGGAUUUUUUGUAUAUGUACUCACGUCAAUCACUCUCACAGUGUGGGCGGCAUGGUCACUUAUACCGGAUGAAAUGUUGAAUGCAGUUUCAAUUUCGUAUUACCCAGAUAAGUAUUGGUCGAUGGCCAUACCGUCAUAUUUUCUUAUGGCCAUGCUUUUCACAUACGUGGCACAUGUCCUCUGGAAUACUGAAAUAGAGACCAUACCUCUUGAUGACGUUAGAAAUUUUGUAGAUGAGAACGCUGUGCUUGCUGGUUACGCUGGGGGUGACUGUGAUGCAACCGAGGCGUCUAUUCCAUGGGUAUGGAAGUAUAGUAGUGGAGUUCGUGACUUACCUAUUGGUCUUGUAAAUGAAGUCUUGUAUGGUUGAUAUGAAGUGAAUACAGAGGAACCCACAAUCAAACAAGGGCACAACAAGCACUGGGAUCUAGAUCUAUGGAACCAUAUAUUACCGUCUAGUAUUCCAACAGAGGCCAUGUGUGUAAAAAAUAACCCUGCUAGCCACCCUCGGGUGACCUAAAAUUCCUAAUGAAUUGAAACAAAUGUAUUAUAGCCCUCAUGCACAAAUAGGCAUUCCCUACAAUUAAUAACUCAGUGUACAAUACAA